CACGACGUCAAACGCUCUUCAGCAACUUCCGGAACAAUCAGAGUCUUCGAUAACAGCGUAGAAACGCCAUCGUGAUAUACUCGUCGCAAUGGCAGCGCUUACGGCACGCGAUACGAACGUUCCACCGCCCUCGAAUCCAGCAUCCACUAAGAAACAGAGCGUCGAAGGCGUCGAGAAUGUGCCACAAUCCUCAUCACACAAUGUCCACUCGAAUCCGAAGCUAAAUGUCGAUGACGGCAAGCAAAGCGCAGCGUACAUAAGUCCGAGCGACGCCAUCUUAAGCCCAGCGAGUCAGAAGCUAUCGACAUUCAAGCAGCGACAGAUCAACAAACAGCAGAACGGCAAGAUUCCGACAUCCCGCCUACUGUUCACGAAAAGUCCGAGCAGCUGCUCUGGUGGCUAUGACGACGUCGAAGAGAGUGAACGGUAGUUCUGAAGAUGCGGCUGGAUUGCUUCAGAGCUAGUGUUGAGCAUGGGCUAGGCGUACGGGAAUGGCGUUUUGUGUUCCAAUUGGGCAGGUUGAUGAGACUCUUUCCGAUUAUCAGUGGCAGAUGUGUAGCAAGCAGUCGCAUCGCUCGAAAGAGCUGCGAAUCGUCCUUCGCGCUUUACCCAUACACAUAGAUUCACUCAAUGUCAGCCUCUCGAGUAGUGCCAGUGGGCUGGU